AUGUCCACAUUCAACACCUCGUAUACCGCCUCCGUUGCGCCGCCACUCGACCUUGAAAGUACUACUCCCAUGCCGUCAAAACUGGCCAACCACAAUAACAACGCAAGCCAAACGGAGAUGUAUCCCGGUCCUCCUGUCGAUGUUUCGUCGCCUCCCCAAACAAACUCCCACCGUGUCAGCAAAGCUAUGAGGGGCAAGAGAGUCCAUGCGUGCCAGCUGCCUGGAUGUUCGAAGGUUUUUACCAGAGCCGAACAUCGCAGACGACAUGAGCUCAGCCAUGAGCCUAAAAAGAAAUAUCCUUGCACGUACGAAGGGUGUAAAAAGGCAUUCCAUCGCCGGGAUUACUUGGCUCAGCAUCUACGUCGACAUGGCUCAGCACCAAAGGAAAACGCACCAUACGCGCGAAGCGACACAUCACCUCGACGAUCAAGCCUACACCAACAGACGCAGUUGCAACCAGCCAACUCACCUCCUAUUUCAUUCCAAGCGGAUACCACCGACAAUUAUUCUGGGGUAUGGGGAAGCAUAGAUUCAAUCUCAUGUCCCCAAUAUGCCAGGGGCCAGAGCCAAUCUUCUGCAUCUGCUGAUGACUACCCAUCCCCCUAUUCGUAUACGAACGAUAUGUGCAGCUCACCCAUCGCGAGCGACUCAUUUUCGAACCCUCAAUAUCCCACUUCAGGCAUCCCGGUAGAGAUGGUGACUGCCAUUGAUCAAUAUCUCCGGAGCAUCCUGAAGCCCGAGGCCUUUUCCUCGCCCGACCGGCAGAUGAACCCCGCAAUUUGGAGCUCGGAUAUUGAUAUCGAUCCCACGUUGACAAGGAUGGAGACCCCUGUGAGUGGGACAACGGAAACCGUUUCCAGCGAAAAGACGAAUGCUGAUAAUUGUUUCAGGGACAACUACCGCUCUAUUCAUGGCCAACUGAUCACUUCCAAUACGUGGAUCAUACAGUGCAGAUGA